AUGCCUGCCGACCUGCCAUCCUUGAUAAAUAUGGCCCUCUCAUUCUCUGCCCUGCGGGAAUGGCUCAAGCUCAUCCUUUUCGGUGGCGUUAUUGAGUACUUUCGCCGUUGUGCCUUCGGCAUAUGGGACCGGAUAAUGGACUCGAUCUGGAUUACCGUCACCUUUGAUGAGGAUGAUACUAGUUACAGUUGGGUCCUCUUCUGGCUUUCUCGACAACCAUCAUGGGGUAAAGCCCGACGCGUCGAGGUGACAACUCGAAACUAUGGCCUUACUUCCCCAGCCGUGAAUGUCCUGGAAGAUAGCGAUGAUCGUCCGACCGACCGCCCAAUGUCAUUUCUACCUAGCAUUUCCAGCACCUAUUCUAUGUGGUUCAACCGCCACUACAUGACCGUCUCACGGGCCCAAAUUCAAAAUGGCUAUAAUUCCACGAAGGAGACUCUCCAUCUGAGAAUCUUGGCGCGUAACACCGGGGUCCUGAAACAAUUCCUCUUGGAAUGCAAGCAGCUAUAUCAAAAGGCAGAAGAGAACUCAAUAUCCAUUUGGAUGUCCGAUACAUAUGGCAACUGGUCACAAAUGGGAACGCGACCUAAGCGCCCUCUUCAAUCCAUUAUCCUCGAGCCAGGUGUCAAGGAGUUGCUUCUUGAUGACGCCCGCGAUUUCCUUGACAGCCAAGAUUGGUAUACUGACCGAGGUAUCCCCUUCCGCCGUGGGUAUCUACUAUAUGGCGCACCUGGCUCGGGAAAGACGUCUAUGAUUCAAAGUAUCGCAGGCGAGCUCGGCCUUGACGUCUACAUCGUGACCCUCUCUCGCAGUGGGAUGGACGACAACGCGCUUAGCGAACUCAUUUCCGAGCUCCCGGCACGCUGCAUCGCGCUUAUGGAGGACAUCGACGCCGCAUUCUCACGCCCCAUGACUCGCGAUCUCGGCAAGGACAAGAAGCCCGAGGACGAGAACUCAGAAGGCGCGCCCCAGGACAGGACGGAGGACUCCACGAGCCGUGUCACCCUUAGCGGCUUGCUGAACGCGCUCGAUGGCAUUGGUGCACAGGAGGGCCGCAUCCUCUUCGCCACCACGAAUGACUACGCCGCGCUCGACCCCGCGCUCAUCCGCCCGGGCCGCAUGGAUCUCCACGUCGAGUUCCGCCUCGCGAGCAAGUACCAGGCGCAGGAGCUCUUCAGGUGCUUUUAUACACCUUCGAAGAGCAGGGGUAAGCGUGCGAACGACGACGACGACGAGAAGGCGACAGACGCUCUCGACUCUGGGUAUGGCUCGCGCGCCUCCUCCAUUGACGAGAGGGAGGACGCGCCGCUCCUCGACACGCCCCCAAGCCCCACUGAAUCCGAAUCAAGCACUGGUGAGCUGGCACAACGUGUGCGGAGCGCGAGCCCAAAGGGCGCAGUGCUCUCUUGGCGGGAGGCGAGCGAGCUUGCGGCGAAGUUCGCAGAGGCGAUCCCCGAGCGGGAGCUCUCGAUGGCUGCGCUGCAGGGGUACCUGAUGAUGUACAAAAUCCGGCCACAAGAGGCCGUCAGCGAGGCGCAGGCCUGGGUUGAAAAAGAGAACGUCUCGAGUGAUUGA